AUGUAAAAUAAUAUCACAUUAUCUGUGGACUAUAAAAUCCCUAUUCCUAUUUAGCAUGACAAAUAGCGUUUACUAAUCACCUUAUUGACAAAUGAAGAGAUCAUAGUCCAAGUUUAUUAGUCAAUUGAUGAAGAACGAGCAAAAUUCAAUUCCUAAUUUACUAUAAUCAAUCUAAAAUUAAAUCAAACUAAUUAAUAUCAAUUUAAAGAUGAAGUCUUUCAAAUUAAUAUUAUUGAUGAACAAUACCUAUCCUUUUUAGCAUAUGAAAAAGAUAAUUUAAUGUUCCUCAAUUAUAGAAAUGGAGAAUUUAGCAAUAAAUACAAAGGUUGCUUAUAUUAACUGCUUUUUCAUCCGUAAGUGGAUCUGUAAAUUAAAGAAUACAGAGAUUUAUAUUUUAAUCAAGCCCUUACAUAUUGUAUCAACAGAAAUUCUGUGAUUGCUCUUGUAUGUGAUUUUCGAGUAACCAAUAAGAAAGAAGUGUUAGUGACAAUUUUGAAGAAUAACUAAAUUCUACAGAUAUAUAGCUUUUUUAGAGAAAAUGGAAGACUUGGUAAAAUGAUGCUUUUUUGUUUAGAUUAAGACUUUAUAAUUGCUUAAUCGAUAGUAGAAGCAUAAUAACUGAAUUUUAUCAUUUUGAAUGAAGAGGGCUAUAAAGAAUAUUCUGUAAAAUUAACAAUCAAUGAAGAUACAAGCAUUGUAAAAAUAUUUUAUAGGAAGGAAAAUAUUAUAUUUUUGUUGAAUGAAAACAAUUUUGGACACCCUUGGGUUGUAAUUGUGGAUUCACAUACUCUCCUUUUGAAAAAGUGCAUAGAAUUAACAUUAAAGAUUGGUGAGAACUAAUUUGCAGUGAUCUUAGAUGUAAAAAUACAUUAAGAGUCUUAGGCAUUUUUAUUGAAUUGUCAAUAAUUAUUUAUAUACUAUGAAAUGAACAUUGCAGGAAUGUACAAUGAAUAGUUUUUAUAAGCGGUUGAUUUUACAGACGACUUUUAGAAAUUCAUAAUUAAAGAUUAUAUUCAAUAUCCUGAAACAUCAGUUGCUAAUAUAGUGGCAUCUGAUUGUGGGUUUGUGACUGUUCCCAGGGCUGUAGAAAUUGGCACUAUUUAAGAUAAUUAUUUAGAAUUUGAUGUCUCGCCCAUCUCCAUCUAAAAAGGUGAUACUAUAGAACAAAAGAUCAAAAAAUUAAAUUAGGAAUCACAAUUAGUUUAUUAUAAUAAAUUACCCAAUGUUCUGUGUUAUGCAUACCAUUUUAUGGAAAAGAGAGGACUAUUUACAUAUUAGAGUGAUAAUGAUUUUUAAUAUAUUGCAGGAGAGAUUAUAAAGAAAAUGAAAUCCAAAAAAACAAACAAUUAAAUUUAAAUAGAAUGA